CGGGCCGUGGGCGGCCAGUUGCUGGAAGGUUCGGGUGGCGCGGUGUGUGUCGGGAGGUGUGCCGCCAGCCGACAGGAUGAUGUCCGCACCAGUUAUCCUCCUGAAGGAGGGGACAGACACUUCCCAAGGGAUUCCACAGCUGGUCAGUAACAUUAAUGCCUGUCAGGUUAUUGCUGAGGCCAUUCGAACCACGCUGGGACCACGUGGGAUGGACAAACUGAUUGUGGAUGACAGAGGGAAAGCUACCAUUUCAAAUGAUGGGGCCACCAUCUUGAAGCUGCUUGAUGUUGUUCACCCAGCUGCAAAAACCCUUGUAGACAUCGCAAAAUCACAAGAUGCUGAGGUGGGCGAUGGGACCACAUCAGUUACUCUCUUGGCUGCAGAAUUCCUAAGACAGAUCAAAUCAUACGUGGAAGAGGGGCUUCACCCCCAGAUUAUUAUCCGAUCCUUUCGUACAGCCACCCAGCUGGCUGUGGAAAAAAUUAAAUCCAUUGCUGUAACUGUGAAAAAGGACAACAAGGAGCAUCAACGAGAGCUUUUUGAGAAAUGUGCUGCUACUGCCCUCAGCUCCAAACUGAUUGCUUUGCAGAAAGGUUUCUUCUCCAAAAUGGUGGUGGAUGCCGUUAUGAUGUUGGAUGACCUUCUCCCACUGAAAAUGAUUGGAAUAAAAAAAGUUCAAGGAGGUGGUUUGGAAGAAUCUCAAUUGAUAGCUGGUGUCGCCUUCAAGAAAACAUUCUCUUACGCUGGAUUUGAAAUGCAACCCAAGAAAUACAACAAGCCGAGGAUUGCACUGCUGAAUGUGGAAUUGGAGCUCAAAGCUGAGAAGGAUAAUGCAGAGAUCCGGGUGGACAAUGUUGAGGACUAUCAGGCCAUUGUUGAUGCUGAGUGGAAUAUUCUUUAUGACAAGCUUGAGAAGAUAUACCAGUCCGGAGCUAAGGUUGUGCUGUCCAAACUUCCCAUAGGAGAUGUGGCGACCCAAUAUUUUGCAGAUAGGGACCUGUUCUGUGCUGGCAGGGUCCCAGAGGAGGAUCUCAAGCGGACCAUGAUGGCCUGUGGUGGUUCCAUUCAGACCAGCGUUAAUGCCAUGACAGAUGAUGUGCUGGGACAGUGUGAGCAGUUUGAGGAGGUCCAGGUUGGAAGUGAAAGGUACAAUUUCUUCACUGGGUGCCCCAAGGCCAAGACGUGCACAAUCAUUCUUCGAGGAGGUUCAGAGCAGUUCAUGGAUGAGACAGAACGCUCCCUUCAUGAUGCAAUCAUGAUUGUCAGACGGGCCAUCAAGAAUGACUCUGUGGUUGCCGGGGGAGGUGCCAUUGAGAUGGAAGUGUCCAAAUACCUGCGGGACUAUUCUCGAACCAUCCCCGGCAAGCCGCAGCUGCUGAUCGGGGCGUACGCCAAGGCCCUGGAGGUGAUCCCACGGCAGCUGUGUGACAACGCUGGUUUUGAUGCCACCAACAUCCUCAACAAGCUGCGUGCCAAACACGCUCAGGGAGGAACGUGGUAUGGCGUCGAUGUCAACAACGAGGACAUUGCGGAUAAUUUUGAGGCCUGUGUGUGGGAGCCGGCUGUGGUGCGUAUCAACGCCCUAACCGCCGCAUCAGAGGCUGCGUGCCUGAUCCUGUCUGUCGAUGAAACCAUCAAGAACCCGCGCUCCACUGUAGAUGCCUCGGCUAUGUCCAAGGGUCGGGGCAGAGGCAAGCCCCACGGCCACUGAGUCAGCCCAGCACGUGGUUGCUGCUUGGGCAGAUCCAGCACCCGUUGGCUCCCAGUCACCGCCAGCAGCCCUGCAGUGGCCACACGUGAAGCUUUUGUGUGCUGCUGGCGUUGUUCUACCAGGCACCUCGUGAAUGUCCCUGGGCUUGGGGGCACUCUGCAAACAACUUCCAGCUCCAGGCCUGAGGAAAAGCAGCUCCCUUCAGCUCUAUUUAUUAUUUUCAUCAUUUUUUUUCCUGACAGAAACGUGUCUGAGAAAUAAAGUUCCAAUUACUACGUG